UGGAGCCGCUCCGCCAGCUCGGGCAGCGCCGUCCUCGCCCGCCCUCCCCGCGCCGAGGCUGCCCGCGGAAUGAGCGUCCCCGGGGCGGCUGCUGCUGCCGCCUCCACUCGGGCUCCGGCGGGCGGGCAGAGAGCGCGGCUGCCGGCGCGGUCGCUGCGGCGGGAGCGGAGUGAAUGACCGAGAGGAGCGGCGCGGAGAGGCAGCCCCGGGAUCAGGAUGCGGGCGCCCGCCAGCAUCCUCAACCUCCUGCUGCUGUCCUUGCUGGCCGGCCUCGAUCCCUCCAAGACUCAGAUCAGCCCCAAGGAAGGGUGGCAAGUUUAUAGUUCAGCCCAGGAUCCUGAUGGCCGUUGCAUUUGCACUGUUGUUGCACCUGAACAAAACCUAUGUUCAAGAGAUGCCAAAAGCAGGCAACUCAGACAGCUACUGGAGAAGGUUCAGAAUAUGUCCCAGUCUAUUGAAGUUUUAAAUUUACGGACUCAGAGGGAUUUCCAGUAUGUCUUAAAAAUGGAAACACAAAUGAAAGGGCUGAAGGCCAAGUUUCGGCAAAUUGAAGAUGACCGGAAGACAUUAAUGACAAAGCACUUUCAGGAGUUGAAAGAAAAGAUGGAUGAGCUCCUGCCACUGAUCCCAGUUCUGGAACAAUACAAAACUGAUGCCAAGUUGAUCACACAGUUCAAGGAGGAAAUUAGGAAUCUGUCUACUGUGCUCACUGGGAUUCAAGAAGAAAUUGGUGCUUAUGACUAUGAGGAACUACACCAGCGUGUAGUCAAUUUAGAAACCAGGCUUCGUGACUGCAUGAAAAAGCUCACAUGUGGCAAAUUGAUGAAAAUUACAGGUCCCAUUACAGUGAAGAUAUCUGGAACCCGAUUUGGAGCCUGGAUGACAGAUCCAUUAGCAUCAGAGAAAAAUAACCGAGUCUGGUACAUGGAUAGUUACACUAACAAUAAAAUUGUCCGUGAAUACAAAUCAAUUGCUGACUUCGUCAGUGGGGCUGAAUCAAGGACAUACAACCUUCCAUUCAAAUGGGCAGGAACCAACCACGUUGUCUACAAUGGCUCCCUCUAUUUCAACAAGUACCAGAGCAACAUCAUCAUCAAGUACAGCUUCGACACGGGCCGGGUGCUGGCUCAGCGCAGCCUGGAGUACGCCGGCUUCCACAAUGUCUACCCUUACACCUGGGGUGGCUUCUCUGACAUCGACCUGAUGGCAGAUGAAAUUGGGCUCUGGGCUGUGUAUGCCACCAACCAGAAUGCAGGCAACAUUGUCAUCAGCCAGCUGAACCAGGAUACGCUGGAGGUGCUGAAGAGUUGGAGCACGGGCUACCCAAAGAGAAGUGCUGGAGAGUCCUUCAUGAUCUGUGGCACCUUGUAUGUCACUAACUCACACUUAACAGGAGCCAAGGUCUACUAUUCCUACUCCACAAAAACCUCCACUUAUGAGUACACAGACAUUCCUUUCCAUAAUCAGUAUUUUCAUAUAUCCAUGCUUGACUACAAUGCAAGAGAUAGAGCUCUCUAUGCCUGGAAUAAUGGACAUCAAGUCCUGUUUAACGUCACCCUUUUCCACAUCAUUAAAACUGAGGAUGACUCAUAAUUUUCUUUCCCUUACCUCCCUCCCUCAAAGCAGUCUCAUUUGUGAUUAACUCUAAAAAAGAGUCCAUCUCUCUCAGUUCCUUUUAAUUUACAUUUCUUUCUUCAUUAAACAAAAGCAACAUUUUCUACUAUGUAAUGCAUUUCAAAUAUGGCUGAACCUGUCAAAAAGGACCUGUCAGAAAUAAAGUCAUGAUUCUGCAAGGUCUGUCAAGACCUUGUCUUGAAAAGCACUAAAGAGGAUUUAAAUGGCUAAAGAGAGUUUUUAAAAGAUUAUGACCUGCCUUAUUUUAGAGUCAGAGACUAAUGGUGGCUUAAAUGCAUGAAUGUCUUUUUUUACCUCAUUUUUUGUUUUAAUAUAUUGCUUAACUUCAGGAAACAUUUUGUUAGUGUCAGACACAUGUUGCACAAUGUAUUUUUUUAUUUAUUCCAAAAGAAAGAUUUAGGAAUUUAAUUUACUUAGACAAGGAGUAUGAUUCAUUUUGCCAUCAUCCAAUUUCAGAUGUGGUGCUGUACAGUAUGUUUUUAAAUCUCUUGCAAACAUUUUAUCAACAGUAUGUAUUUCUACCAUUGUAACCACCAUUGUGCAAUUGUAUCUCUUCACUUAUGUGAAAGUAAACUAAGUACUAUUUUUUAUAAAAUAUAUUGAAGCUUAAUUGCAA